CAGUCUGUCUGUCUCCGGAGGUACAGUGAGGAGCACGCCGAGCACGCCGUCGUGGUGCACCGCGGCCGUGACCUGUCCUUCCCCCUCGCGCGCGCGGGUAGAGCCGAGCCGAACCGAGCGCCGAGUGCCGAGCCGAGCCGCGACCGAGUUGUAGCCGCAGCAGCAGCGACGGCUAGCCGAAGAGGCCGAGCUCAGACCUGACCGCAGCGCAGAUCAGCCGAGCCGAGCGGCUCCCGAACAACACUCACUCACUCACUCGCGCACUCCCUCACUCACUCAUCCACACUCGCGCCGGCCGGCCCGUGUGUCCCGGUGCCGCCACCACAACACCGCACAACACCACCGCCACGACGGACGACGCCGUCGCCCCCCGCCACGCCACGCCGCGCAGGGCCAGGCCUUGCCCGCGCCCGCUCGACCGCUCGGCGAUAGCGCCCAGUGCCAGCGGGUGACACCUCAGUGCACCCCAGAGCCCCCCGCCGACAACGUCCGCGCACCGGGGGCCCAACACGCCGAAGACGACGACGACGACGACGACGCGAGGACUCCACCGAGGCGCCCGACGUGGUGUCCAAGCCCGCCGCCGGCGUGCAGCAGGAGUCCGCCCCGCUGUUGUUGACUCUGCGGCGGUGACGUGCGCGGAGCCGGGUGACUCAGCCGGGAGGGAAGGCCCUCCCCGCCCCGCCCCAUCAAGAAGUGUGAAAGUGAUUCCGAGAUAAGGAGCAGCCCACCCUUCCUCAUCGUCGAGUCAACAGCUGACUGCAAAGUCCCCCAGGGUGGAUUAAAGGCUGCUAUCACUGCUGAUGUGAUUCAGGGUUUGCUAAUGAUUGCAAUCAGUCUUGCUGUCAUUGUACAAGGUACAAUUGAUGUGGGAGGUGUCAGUCCACUAGUUGAAGUUAGCAGCGAGCGUGGCCGACUUGAUUUCUUCAACUUUGACAUGGACCCCACAAUUCGAGUGACAACAGUGUCUGCGUUUUGGGGCCAACUCUUCAUGUCGCUGUCAAUUUUUGGAUGUCAACAAAACUUUGUGCAGCGUUAUGUGAGCAUGAAUUCCCAGUCUAAAGUUACAAAAACAUUGAUGGCCAAUAUCCCCAUCAUUAUUGUUUUAUUCAGUCUGUCAUGGGUUGCGGGUAUGGCUAUAUUUGCUAAUUAUGCUGAUUGUGACCCUAUGAAAUUGGGUUAUACAUCAAAGAUUGAUGAAAUUGUUCCAUUUUUUGUGGAGGACAAAUUCCUCUUCUUGCCUGGUGUUCUGGGAAUAUUUAUGGCAUCUCUCUUCAAUGGUGCAUUGAAUCUUGUAGUUUCAAACCUAAACUCGCUGUCAACCGUUACAUGGGAGGAUUUUCUUUCCCAAGUUCCUCAAUUCAAAAAUUUUAAUGACCGCCAACAACUUUUUGCAAUCAAAGCAACGAGUGUUGUUUAUGGAAUCCUUACAAUUGGCAUUGCUUUUGGUGUAGCAAUGUUCUCUGGAGUAAUUGAGUCCUCACAGUUAAUGACUUCAGCAACCAGUGGUCCACUUCUUGGAGUCUUUCUACUGGCCAUGCUGUUUCCCAGUGUUAAUUGGAAAGGUGCUGUUGCUGGAAUGCUAUGGAGCCACAUCAUUAUUCUUUGGAUUACAUUUGGAGGCUGGAUGAAUGUAGAAAAAAAGACUCAGCUGUUAGAUCUGUCUAUUGCUGGUUGUGACAAUUCAUCAUUCAACCCAUACAUUCGGCCACCUGUCUCUGAAAUGUUAUAUAAUUUGACAUUAUCUAAUACGGCUGCAAAUUUCACCUAUUUGCCAGUAGUGCCAGAGGUGGCAGUUGAAACAGCUCCUAACACAGACUUUUUGACAUCAUUAUAUUCAGUAACUUACAUGUACUACUCACUUUUGGGAAGUGGUAUCACUGUGAUAGUUGGAGUGCUUGUAAGCUACAUAGUUGGAACGACUGAGGAAGAUGAAUAUGAUGAAAAGCUUAUUCAUCCAUUGGCAUUGAAGUUAAGUACUUAUUUCCCUGGUCCACCUCGACGCUACAUCAACAACAAUUCAUCCAACAUGGAAUCAGGAACAACAGAUAUGAAAUCUCAGGAGCAAAAGAUAAGCACUAUAUCACAAGGAGGUUUUGACAUUGCAAAGUACAAAAAGACCAACACAGGCCCAGUUUGAUUUAUUCUGUAAGGAAUCCACUCAAGCUUAUUUUAUUGUGUACAGAAAAGUGAAAGUGAUAAAAUAAUUACUUAAGUGAUAUGUACAGUUGCUCAUGAUAAAGACACUGUUGAUAUGUGCAAUUUUGCUUGAGCAUGGAAAAGUAAGGGGGGAGUAUUUAUGAAAUUAGUCACUGAGGUGCCUUUCCUAUAAUGGUAAGGUAAAACUACAGACUGAAAUAGUACAAUAUAGUGUAAUAGAAAAGUAGUAAGUAUUAACCUUGUUAUUCAUGUCUGGCUGCAGGUUCUACCUAUAGCUCAAGUAUUUUAUGUGUACUGUUACCAAUAACAAUCUGAAUGAAAUGUUUGUAUUGAAACAUUGUGGUGAAUAAUUAUACAAGCAUGGACAACAACUAAAGAGCUUGUUUCCUUCCAGUCAGUCAAAGUCGAAGUCUGACUUAUGACUGACUGCUUAAUACAGCUGACUGGAUACAAACAAGUUCCUCUAUAAUGGUGUCUACGGUUAUAUAAUGUCACUAUGUUUCAGUUUUGUUAAUUGCUGUUUAAUUGUUUGAUAAUGAUACAAUUCCUUUUCAAUUGAUAAGUUUUAAGCGGUUUGAGAUGUGUUGCUUUGAUGUCAUUUUCCCCUCUAUUACUGUUAUUAGUUCUCCCUAUUAUAUAAAGUAUUUAUCUUGUCAUGUGAUUGUAUAUAAGCCAAUGGGAAGCAAAUGUUAUGUAUGAUACCAAAGUUGCCUUAGCAAUAUAGAUUCUAUAUAAAAGACCUCAUAGCUGUCUCUGCUAUUGGUUUCAGCCUUGUAAUUAACUUAGAUUUUUAUAUGUGAUAUCACCACUAUGUAUAAUCAUGUUUUAAACCAAUGUAUGAUGUUUUUAUCUGUUGUAUGACUAGAAAUUAUUAUCUGUUGGACUAUUAAAUGGCCAUUACUUACUCAAGGACAAUAA